AUGAGAAACAAUGAAGAAGAUCUGUCUAUGUGGAAGAGAGGAGCUGGAUAUAAACACACUUUCUCGACGCAGGAAACGAGGUUGACGUUGAGAGAAUCAAAACCACAGUGUCUCUGGACGAAAGGUGUUUGGUUCUCAGAGGCCACACCCAAAUUUGCUUUUGUUACUUGGCUUGCAAUGUUAGAUAGAAUGUCUACCAUGGACAGAGUCUAUCGAUGGAACCAGAAUGUGGACACAACUUGUGUGUUGUGUAAGCAAGCAGCUGAAACGCGUGAUCAUCUCUUUUUUGAAUGCUCAUACUCUGCUCAGAUAUGGGAGCAACUCACAAAAGGGAUUUUGCGCGAUCAAUAUACAAAAAUUUGGCCUGAGAUUGUGAGAUUGUUGACGGAUGGGAACAGAGAAAAUAAAGCUCUCUUCUGUUUGAGAUAUGCUCUCCAAGCUUGUGUUCAUGCAGUGUGGAGGGAGAGAAACAAGAUAAGGCAUGGAGAUCAGCCUCUUCCUAUGCCAAGACUGAUGAAGUUCAUAGACAAAGGGAUAAGGAACAAGCUAAGUUUGUUGAGAUCAACAAAGGUGAGAGGUAAAGAAAUAGUCUCCAAGUUUGGUUUGCAACAAGAAUGUAGAUAUAAGUCAUUUCUAAAGUUGGAGUUGGAGUAG